CAAUUCCAAUCCAUUAAAUUAAAAAAAAAAACGAAAACGAAAACAAAAACAAAAAUAAUAAAAAAAAAACUUCUUCUUCAGUGUAUUUAUACAUUCGAAAUAGUAAGGACUCGCUGCAUACGCUUCAAGGCAGAGGUUUAUUUUUCGUCAGAAGACCAUAUAUAUAAGUAAAAAGGAUUUCAAUUUUAAAAAGGAAAUUGCAACGUCGGUCGUUGUCGUGUUUCAUGUCCCGUAUUGAAGAACCCUAUUAAUGGACGACAUUUAAUCAAAGAACUUCUCAUUCCAGGCCUCAAGGGAGUAGUAAAAUGGAUCGUUAUGAAAAACUCAGCCGUUUGGGUGAAGGCUCCUAUGGCGUGGUCUACAAGUGCCGUGACCGAGAUACUGGUGCGUUGGUAGCUGUCAAACGUUUUGUCGAAUCAGAAGAUGACCCAGCUAUUCGCAAAAUCGCCCUUCGUGAGAUUCGCCUGCUCAAAAAUUUAAAGCAUCCCAAUCUAGUGUCACUUUUGGAAGUGUUCCGGCGAAAGCGCCGUCUGCAUCUGGUUUUUGAAUUUUGUGAACUCACUGUAUUGCACGAGUUGGAACGUCAUCCCCAGGGAUGUCCGGAGAAUCUCACCAAACAAAUCGUAUACCAAACCCUACACGGUGUAGCAUAUUGUCACAAACAAGGAUGCCUGCAUCGUGACAUCAAGCCGGAAAACAUCCUCCUCACUGCACAGGGUCAAGUUAAAUUGUGUGACUUUGGAUUUGCCAGAAUGCUGAGUCCCGGCGAGAACUAUACGGACUAUGUAGCAACACGAUGGUAUCGAGCUCCAGAGUUGUUAGUCGGUGAUACACAAUACGGAACACCAGUCGAUGUCUGGGCGAUUGGAUGUCUCUUUGCCGAGCUGGUGCGUGGCGAGGCAUUAUGGCCAGGACGCAGCGAUGUCGAUCAGUUGUACCUAAUUAGGAAAACAUUGGGUGAUUUACUACCACGGCACAUACAGAUAUUCGGACAGAAUGAAUAUUUUAAAGGUAUUACACUGCCCGUUCCACCUACUUUAGAGCCUCUGGAGGAUAAAAUGCCAAGUAAAGCUCUGCACAAUCCACUGACCAUAGAUUUUUUAAGGAAAUGCCUCGAUAGGGACCCUGCUAAGCGAUGGUCAUGUGAGAAACUCAUUAAACACUCCUACUUCGAUGAUUAUAUUGCGAAGCAACGCGAAAUGGAAGCAGCAUCCAGUUCUUUACAAGAUUCAAGACACAGGGAUAAAUCAAAGGUUUUAGAUUUUGUUAAGAUUUUUACGAACUCAAAAACUUCAAAUACGUCACUACCUAUGCUGCCUAGCACACAGGACUACGUGAAAUUACAGCCAAUCAAAAACAAUCUCCAUCGAACGGAACACCAUUUGCCGACAAUAUAGAAAAGGCCCUCGGUAGAGUAUUAGAUGUAAGAGAAAGAAAAAUUUUUUUUACGUAUCGUGCUUGUGAAAUGUAUGUUUUAAGAUAUUAAAUAAAACUUAAUAAUAAGAGGAG